AUGGGUUCGGAUCGGGGCUCUCAGGUGCACUGUGUCCCGGCCCGGAGGGCCCCAGCCGCCCAGGGCGCGCUGGAACCUCUGCUGGAGGUUGGCGAAGGGACCUGGGGAGUCCACGCUGUCACCCGGGGCUUGAAUGAAGAGAUCCUUUGCCCAGCCCUUGUUUUACAGGUAGGGAAGUGGUGUGAGGGGGCAGGCUCCACGCUUCUGUUCUUUUCCUGUACCUUCUACAGGGAGUCCAACCUGGAAACUGAGAGACGGCUCAGAGAGACCUGCUCUCCACCCAGGAAACGAGGCAUAGAGGUCGUCCAGCUGAACCUCAGCCGGCCAAUUGAGGAGCAGGGGCCUCUGGACGUCAUCAUCCACAAGCUGACUGAUGUCAUCCUCGAAGCUGACCAGAAUGACAGCCAGUCCCUUGAGCUGGUGCACAGGUUCCAGGAGUACAUCGAUGCGCAUCCAGAGACCAUCGUCCUGGACCCUCUCCCUGCCAUCAGGACACUGCUGGACCGCUCCAAGUCCUAUGAGCUCAUCCGGAAGAUUGAGGCCUACAUGAAAGAUGACAGGAUCUGCUCUCCGCCCUUCAUGGAGCUCACGAGUCUGUGCGGGGAUGACACCAUGAGGCUGCUGGAGCAGAAUGGCCUGGCUUUCCCCUUCAUUUGCAAAACCCGAGUGGCCCAUGGUACCAACUCUCAUGAGAUGGCCAUCGUGUUCAACCAGGAAGGCCUGAGCGCCAUCCAGCCACCCUGCGUGGUCCAGAACUUCAUCAACCACAAUGCUGUGCUCUACAAGGUGUUUGUGGUGGGCGAGUCCUACACCGUGGUCCAGAGGCCCUCCCUCAAGAACUUCUCUGCAGGCACAUCAGACCGAGAGUCCAUCUUCUUCAACAGCCACAAUGUGUCAAAGCCGGAGUCCUCGUCAGUCCUCACUGAGCUGGACAGGAUCGAGGGCGUGUUCGAGCGGCCCAGCGACGAGGUGAUCCGGGAGCUGUCCCGGGCCCUGCGGCAGGCCCUGGGCGUGUCCCUGUUCGGGAUCGACGUCAUCAUCAACAACCAGACGGGGCAGCAUGCGGUCAUCGACAUCAACGCCUUCCCUGGAUAUGAGGGCGUGAGCGAGUUCUUCACAGACCUGUUGAACCACAUCGCCACUGUCCUGCAGGACCAGAGCACCGGCGUGGCUGCCUCGGGGGACGUGGCCCCGCUGAGGCACAGCAGGCUCCUGGCUGAGCAGGCGGGCAGCCUGGCAGGCGACCUGAGCCCCGUUGGGACCUUGCGGCCAGUGGUCCUUGUCAGGUCCUCCCCUCAUGCCUCUGCCAACUCUGCACAGUCGUUGCCGGUGUGGUCUUGGAUGCGGAGAGCUGCUCACCAUGGGUGGUGUUGCCUCUAUGGCUGGAUCCUCCUCCUGGCUGUGAGCAGUAGGAUGCCCCUCACCGAGACUAGCCAGGGCCUUUUCCAGAAACUGUUGCGCAUUCUUUACUUCUCCAGUCUCCUGCAACCUGGCAUCGUGGAUGAGUGGGCCCUGUCCAGGUCUGGCAAGGAGAUAGAAAAUAUUAUCCUCAUCCUACAGAUGAGGAAACAGGCCCCAUGA